AGUAUAAUAAUCCUGUUUUGAGUGGAAAUAGAGUAAAGAUAAUUUGAUAGGUGCCUGUACUGUCAAUUUUAAUAAAUGGUGAACUCGCACUUACCUAAAAAGCAAUUGUUGAUAUGUUUCCUCAGCAAAUAAAAGAGGAAGAAGAGCAAGGCCACGGGAAAGAAUCCCAGGCUCUGAAAACUGAACAUCUAGGACAUUUUUUCAGAUUUCGCCACAAUUUUGGUAAACACAUAGUGACCUGUAAUCCCUCCAUGAACACUGUACUGGAGGCACUUUGCUCCAACACAAAAUUUAGAUCAAUUCAAGACAAAAACUCACAAAAGGAGCUGGUCAUCCAGAGAGAGCAAGUGCCAAGAGCUGCUGUAAACACUGACUUCCCCUGCUGCCUGAUCGACCGAAACGAGCUUCUGGAUGUAUCCUUCAUCAAAUCCAGAGAGAGUAGCAGCCCGGCGAAGAAACCAGUCAUCACCAGUCAUUCUCCUGAAAAUUUCUGCAUUUUUUACAUUAAAACAAUCGGCGGCACCGGCAUCAAACUGCUGAUGAAAAACCCUGAGCUGAAGCGAGCAGUGGAGAAGGGGGUGGAUUAUGUCUGUGUUUACGCAAUACAAGGAGAAAAACUGAGGAGGGCUCUGAGGCGCGAUGGACGAUUCAACCCAGUCAUUUUCCGUAAACACUGUGCUCUGUCUGAAAUGGGAUCUGAAGACAUCACCAACAUGUCAAACACUGUCGACCAUCUAGACGGAAAGAAGUACCAAGUCAUUGUUUUUGAUGACCAGACGGCCAGCCUGGAGUCUAACCAAGAGUUCAGCCAGGAGUCGGACGCGGCGAACAACGAAGAACCUGUUGACGCAUCUGCCGGUUCUCCCAGGCCUGAACCAGCAAAUCCCGAAGACCAGGAGUCUGCAGAUGCUCAACAGCAAAAGCCUCAGCCCACAGUGGACGGGAAAAAAGGUAAAGAAAGCCACAAAAAAAUCCAAGCUAAGGAAAUCCCAAACACGGGAGAGAUCCUGAAGCUUCUGCGAGAGCAGUUUGGAGGUCUGGUGGAGCAGCUGAAAGCGCGAGAGCAUCUCACGAAGCCGGCCGAGGUGCAGAAGAUCUUAAGAGAGGAGUAUGAUAAAAGUGCUCAGAGCUUCUCUGAAGUGAAGAGAGUCAAACAACUGAUGGAGCUUUCCAACUCCGUAUGUCAGCUCCGUAAUGAGGGUUCUCCACUGGGAACUGGAUUUCUGUUGUUUGACAGAUUCAUCCUCACUAACGCACACGUCGUUGGAGACCUUCACCCAUUAACAUGCAAGCUACAAUGUUCAAUCACUGCCGUGUUCGACUUUGAAGAUCUGGACAUGGGGAAGAAACUGGCAGUGAAGGAGAGCGUUGUUGCCCUGUAUUACGGAAAAGAUCAAAUGGGGCAGCAUCUGGACUUUGCUUUGCUGGAACUUGCUGAAGAUGCAAAACCUCCUAAUUGUCAGGAACUGCUGAAGAACUACAGCCCUCCUCCCAUUAGAGGUGGGAUCUGCAUAAUUGGGCACCCUGAUGGUGGGGUGAAGAGAAUGGAUCCCUGUUUCAUCACUGAAAAAGAUCAUUUACAACAGGCAGAAAACAAACACCACCAGGAGAACAGAGAGUUCCUUCAUGUCAUCACACAGAAGUGCUUAAAGGAAGAAUGGGAGUACCAUUUUACCCAGAUUAGUUACGAUUCCUGCUUCUUCUAUGGAUCAUCUGGCUCUCCGGUCUUUAAUGAUAACUGCCAGCUGAUUGGUGUUCACACUGGAGGCUACACUUACCAGCAAGGAAAGAAGACCCGGAGCAUGAUGGAAUACGCUUUUCCCAUGCUGCCCAUCCUUGUGUGCAUCGUUAGACAGUGCAGACAGACGGGCAGAGACGAUAUUGUUGAGGAGAUGUUCAGGAAAUGUUCUGUGAAAUUUUAAACAGAUAUAAAUCCAAUCACAAAUCCAAACUGCUUUAUGAGAUGGUCUGAGACGCAUUUUAAACAACUAAAAUUUCAGUACAACAAAAACUCCAGUAAUAAUUGCAAUAGUUAAAGUAAUGAGUAAAUGUGCAGAUUCUAUCUCACACAGUGAUCAGAUAUUAGUGUAUAACUGGAGGUGCAUUUAUCUACAGUGUGAAUGCACGUAGUUAAAAUCCAGGCAGGAAAUAGUUUAGAUACUGAUCACAUGUUGGGAUCAGGUGUAAUGGGAUUCUAUAAUCCAGUGCUUGGUAUGCUAUAAGAUUCCUGCUCGAGGCUUUAGGCCUGGAGUACGUUUAAUUAUGCUUGCUUUUUCUGUAUUCACUACUCAUAUAUUUCUGUUUCAUAUAAUUAUAUCUGAUUAAGUGAUUAUUACUGAUCUUGCUCAUGGGGAUUUCAACUUUACAUUCUGUUACUCUGUAUUAUUCAGCUGGUUUUAUCUUAGCCCAGCGCUGCUGUACACUGAGUUAUUCCUGUUUUAACUUUCUCUCUGAACUAUUUUCUAUCACUGUGUUCCUUUAUAAAUUCAGAAUCAGAUUACUGCAGAACAUCUGAGUUUGUUAGUAAUUAAAUUAAAGCGUCUACAUGAGCGUGGGGAGUCAGACAAUAAUCAGAUUUCUGUUUUACGACCAGCCAAUAAACUCACAGAAUAAAGAUGUGACAGAAACAUCACAUAAAACCAGAAUUUUGGGUUUUAACACAUCGAGCAGCAAUAUGAUCGUGCUUCAUAAACUCAAUCAGCUUCAGAGUCGCUCCCAAAGUGAUUGGAGAACAUCUAGUGGGUUCUGUAUUAAACACUGCUGACUUAUUUCCACGCUCUGUUCACAUGACUACAUGAAUAAUCAGAUAACUGCAGUAAUCAUUUCAUAAUCGGAUAAUUAUGAAGUGAAUGUAAUUUCUCUUACUGUAACAUUAUUACUUCUAUUUUUUUUGUUAUUAUAAGUAAAGGUGUAACUUUAAAGCCAGGUGGACACUGUGAGAUUUGAGCCAGAUUUAACCCCGAUCUGGUCGGAUGCGGCCGAAUUUCAUGAUCCAGCCAUAUUUUAGCUUUGUGGUGAGUCGUUUGUUGUGCAGUGUGAGACAAACAAGCUGCGAAUGAUCAGUCAGAAAUUUCUGAGAUGACAGGAGGUCAGAUAAUCCAUCUACAUAUUACCGUAUUUUCCGUAAUAUAAGGUGCACUUAAAAAUCCUUUAAUCCCAAAAUUGACAUUUAAGGAGCAGUAAAGUCACUCCACUGAAGUACAGAGUUAUACAUGUUCCUUACUAGUGUUGCCUAAUGUGCCUUAUAAUCCAUUGCACCUUAUGUUUGAAAAUAAACCAGAAAAUAGACGUUCAUUGAUAGUGCACCUUAUAGUCCGAAAAAUACGGUAAUAUAAAAGAGGAAAAGCAGUAUUGUAGAUUGUUUAGAGUGUUACAUACAGAUACUGGAUAUUUAAACUAAUUAACCAUCAGACAGAAUCCAAGUUACUGAUACACACAGCGAGGAGCAUACCUCCAAUUCUCUCUGUAAAAUAGAAAAACUGUAGGAGUCUAGUCAUCUCAGGCCCCUGCGAGUCCACGUGCUCAUCAUCUUUUUACGUGGAACUUCAGCGCAAAGCGCCGUCGAACUGUACAGUGUGAGAAUAUGAAUCACCAUACAAAUGUGCAGUGCGAGUUUUCCACAACACACUUCAUAAAAAAUAUCUCACAGUGUCCGUCUGGCUCAACAGAUGUGUGGUGUGAGAUACAGUGUACAUUAAUGCUGAAGAUAAAUCUGCACUUGAUCCUGACAUUUUACUCCACCUGCUGGUGACUGAAACCAUCAGACUGCAGUGUAAAGACUGCAGGGUACAGAUCAGAGGCUUUGUAUGUGCAUGUCAGUGAGAACUGUAAGAAAUACACUGUAUCUGUAUAAAGCUGGAUUAUAUGGAUGAAAUCUGGAAAAUUAAUCUUCAAUAAAACCAUCUGUGCCUUUUAAAAACA